CUUUUUCAGCCUGUGCCGAUACAAGGGAAGCUACUCUGUUAUCGUGGAUGAUCUGAAGUGCUGUUAAAAACAAUUGUAAAGGAAAUUAAAAAAAUAAAAAGUACUGUUUAGCCUGGUUCCUGACGCUAGUCUUCGGGAAUUGGAGUGAAUUCUUGCUGAUGCAACAAGUAUAAGCCAUUUACUUUUUGAGAAAAGACUGCCAUCCUACUUCAACAAGCCAUGUUAAAAUCAUUGGUGUCAGUUAUGAUUAGGCAUCACAUAAGGGUAUUGCAGUGUCCUUCCAAUUGUAAACCAGCUCAGAUGCAAAGAAUUUGUGGUUUGCAUGUGAGUCCCUGUUUACAUAUUUUGGAUAAAGACCACCAAGGCAAGAGGUCUGCAGAAAAAAUGAGAAAAGAGGAAGAAGAAAUCAUUGCAGACAAGGCUGAUGGUGUGCAACUGGAUCUUCCAAAGCUUGAUUCCAUUUUCCCCACGCUUGAGACACAUGGUAUGGUUAUUGAUGGUGUCCGGUUUGAUGAGCUGCCCAUUGUCCACAUAAAGGCAACUUACAACAACACUAUCAUCACAGCCACAGAUCACAAAGGGUUACCCGUUGCCAGUGACUCAGGGGGGACUGUUGGUUUUCGGAAUGCCAGAAAAGGCACUAACAUAGCUGCACAGGCAGCUGCCGUAUCACUUGCUGAGAAAGCAGUAAAGAAAGGUUUGAGCCUGGUGCGUGUAUGUGUGAAAGGUAUUGGACCUGGGCGUCUGCCAGCCAUUAAGGGUCUACAAAUGUCAGGUCUCACAGUUGUGUCAAUCACAGACACCACUCCUCUUCCUCACAAUGGAUGUCGACCCAAGAAACAAAGGCGGUUAUGAUGAACAUAAACCCACACUUUUGAAGUUGUUAUUUAGUGUCCUGGAUUAGUCCCACACUGUGCUUGAGAAAUGAAAGAGUGUUGAUGAAAACCAGGGCAACACGUGCUUUGUUUUUUGUUUUGUUAUGGGUGGUUUAAUGUUCCACAUCAUACACCAGCUCAUGUAUGUGUACAACAAAGUACAACUCAACCUUUAUACCCCCCCAAAGAAAGUAAUAAAGAAACAGUAG